AUGCAAAAUGCGACCUUUCAAGCCUGUCAAGCAUGCUACAUGCGAAAAAAGCGCUGCGUGACUAGUCCCGAUCAUUCUCAAUGCACCUACUGUCUCAGAGAAGGACAACGCUGUCUGCCCAGGAAGCGGCCAACAAAACAAUCCACACAGUCUCAGCCGCAGGCAACCAAGAACAAAGAUAACUCGAGCGCGAGCUCAUCCCCCGAAACCAUCUCAACCCGCCAGACAUACGACACGCCUCGCUCCUACAUAGAGUCAGAGAUACCCCCUUGGAGCGCAAUGUACUCCAUGGUUUCGGAAGCCCUGCGUCUCAUUCCACCCGAGGGUUCUUUUCCAAAACAGGCACCACCAAGGAAACGCCCUGCAUCUGAACAUGAUGAAGACCAGGUUGAGAAUACUGAAAAUUCAGACAAAGGGGACCGGGAACAGGAUCCACAGCAUGGAACCCAGCACUCAGGUCGACACAAAAGAAGUUGCUCGGUCUAUGAGGCUAUUUCGGCUCGGCAGGCACCGCAUGUGAUGGCUGCGGGCCUGGACUCUGCCCGCUGGACGACAGCAGGCGAGACGCCAAGAUCACCCAACACCCUGAAAUCAGAACUUUCCAAGACUGUGAAGGUUGUCAACGUCGACGUCAAUACCAAAGCUACCGGGGAGAGUACGAUGAUUCCCAAAAGCCCCAGCACGGGGGCCUUCUUCGGCGAGCUUGAUGCGUUGUUGAGAUUUUGA